UAGAUGAAAUAAGGGAGUUAUGCACAUCUUUUGUGACAGACGCUUCUGCUGGGUGUUUGAAGGUGCCUGGACGCCGCUGUCAGAACAGCUGUGGAAGGAUGUCUGGGGGGAGGAGGAAGUCGAGGAAACCACAGAAAUGGGAGGAUUACGUUGCAGAUGAAGAACAGUUGGCAACCAUCGAGAAGGAACUGGAAAAGGAAGAGAAGGCUCGAAUGAAAAAUGCUGAGAACGAUGGAGACUUGACGGAGAAAUCGCCCGACGAUGCUGCCCAGAAUGAGGAGGACGAGGAAAUGACAGACUAUGACGACGACGCUGCCCAACUUGAAAUUAUCUUGGGAGAAGAUGAGGAAGAAGAGAAAUUGCAUGAUUUUAAGACAGAAUUGGAUAAGGAAGGCACCCAGGAAGAGGAGGAGGAAGGUGAAGAAAAGUAUAAAGAGGAGAAGCCACAACUUAUUAAUAUACCCGGGACUGGUCAAGUCAUCGGGGACUGUACCACCUGUAGUAUCCAGUUGCGUGAUUGGAACUCCGUGCACAGCCACCUGAGGUUUCACCGCCUCUCUCACGUUCCAGAGUGUAGUUACAAGCUGGUGUCGGCCUUGAGCAAGAGGAUAAACUGUCAGGUGUGCCAUAGAUGUUGUCAGAACAGGGAGGUACUGGCCUACCACGCCUACACCGAACACUACAUCAGCUGCAAGGACUCCAAGAUCUGUCCCUUCUGUAGCACAAACUUCAAAGACAUGGACGAAUUUCAGGAGCACCUUGACAUUGAUGUAAUCAGCUUCAAGUGUCAGGUUUGUGGCGUUUCAAUGAACCAAGAGCACAAAUUCUAUCAACACAUCGUGUACUGCACCAAGAAGCAUCAGCUCGGCAUCACUACUCUGCCAUGUUGUAUUUGUGGGAUAACGAUCAGUAUUAAUAAUCUGUACAACCACCUGAUGCAACACAGCACGUUGUUAAGUCUUCCCCGCCACUUGGCCAACAACAACAGAAGACGUGCGGUAAACCCCUCUAAACCAGACCCUCCUCGCCAGCAACAAACACGCUACCGUCCCUUCUUGUGUGAAAUAUGUGACCACCGCUUUGUAGUGUACAGUGAAUUUAAACGUCACUUGUAUUCCCACUCUAAGUCUCGCUCGUACGUCUGCACCCACUGUGGCCGGGGUUACUGCCAGAAGAACACCCUCAUAGUUCACCUAUAUUCUUAUCACAACUCUUCACCCAAUGCUGAGGAAAACACCCCAAAGGAGGACACAGCACAAAGGUGUUGUGAGUUGUGUGGUCGUUCGGGGUUCCUAAACGAUGAGUUAUUGAUUCGUCACUGCAUCCUGCGCUGCUCUCAGAGAAAUAAUCUACAGGUGUCAUUUGCCGUCAUUGUUUCCAGUUUAGCAAAGAACCAGAACUUGGGCUUCAGUGAGACUGUCCGCAGUAGUGCCCUACAGACCUACCUCAAGCUGGGCAUAGAAGCCUGGGGAUCACCCCUCUGUGUGAAGCAGUUCCUGGAGGAGUUACAAAGCAACCAACCACCAACUCCAUCUUCAGGGCACCGUUGGGAUUCUGCUGAGUGUACGGAUGUGCAGCUGUUGGCGUAUUUGGAUCAGUUUGACGAGAAGAACCGAGAGCAAGAUAGAGAGUUGGAAUUUUUAUUAGAUAUGAAAUCCAAGGAUGUCAGUGGCAGCCAAAUGGAAGGUUUAUCCAUGAUGGAGAAUUUAUCAUCCCUGAACCCAGUAGAUAGGAAGUCAGAAUUUAGUGACAAAAUUACAUUAGGACCUGUGGACGUGGUGACAUCCUCCCCCUGUACCAACGGUGAUCCAGAGACGCCGUCUAAAAACACAGCGGGUUGGACUAACUCUCAGGUGGACUUAAGUUCCUUGAUGCAGCACCUAAGAAGAGGCACCGAUAAAAGAAGGGCAGAUGAGGAGGGAGGAGGAGGAGGACCAAUAGACAUCUGUUUGGUAACCUCCACCACCAACACUCAGGUCACCAUCACCCCAGCGGGAUGUCAGCCACAUGGUAUUCGGCCGCCUAAGGUGGCACGGUCUGUGUCCCAUAGGCCAUCCGUCUCUCAGAUAAGGAGCAUCUACCCCGGGGUGACCUUGCUGAGAGAUGUGGACUUCUCGCGAGUACCUUCUGUAAUUCUCCAGAUGCAGGAAAUGAUGAGUUACAGUGUACAAAAGGAAAUGGAAGAAGCUGACAUCAGUCCAAGUGACUUACAGAGACUUGAGGUGGAAGCGCAGUUCCUCCGUGAAGCAGAACCGUUUUACCUGCGAGAUGACCCUCAAUGGCAGCUCCCUAAAUGUAGUAGCAGAAUCAUGAACAGGUCUUCCAACAAGAAGUGCAACACUAUCCCUGACCCUGCCACACUAACUAGAAUUAUUGCAGAGGCAGGUGUUGUAUAUGAUGCAGGUAGAAAUAUUGUGUUAGAUGAUCCUAAUGCAAUGAAGUGUCCAGGCAAGGCUCAUAUUGCACGCUUACUCCAGGAGACACAGAAGUUCUUCUUUGUUUGAAAUCUCUGGUGUUUAGUGCUAAGGAAGGUCCGUUUCUUUUAUUAUAGUUCCUUACAGUGAGGAGAAAAAGCUAUUGUAAAGUACCUAGACCUAAUUAACUUUGGAACUAGUAUUCUAUUGACCUUAGAUCAAUUAAAUUUAACUUGGGAACUAUUAUAUUACCCUCGGUGUCUUGUUUCAGUAUUGCCCCCGGUGCUGCUCUUUUGCCCCCGAUGUCUUGUUGCAGUAUUUUCCCUGGUGUCUUACAGUAUUGCCCUUGGUGCUGCCCUCUUGGUUUCGGUGUUCCUCCAGUGUCUUGCGCUAUUGCCCAGUGAUGCUUAUAAGUCUCCACCACAAAGUUACAUUUAAAGUGUUACCAGGUGGAUUAUCAAUUAUCCAUGCCCGUACAAUGCAGUGAAAAUUUCUCCACACCUCCACUAUAGUAGCAUAGUGUUUAAGUGAGUGUUUCUCAGAGUGUAAAUAACUUGUAAAGUGGUCAGAUGUUUUGUAUUUUUUAAUAUUUUUUUGUACUGAGCUUGUUAGCAAUAAAUGUACAUUCUUCUCUUA